GCUGUGAGGCUUAGUACUUUGUGUAAACAAUGGAGAUUCGUCUGGACUUGUCAUUCCACCUCAGUUUCGAUUAUGUUAAUGUAAUUCCAAUGAACAAAGAUUUACAUAGGCAUAAUUUUGUGGAUCGAGUUGAUCGCAUUAUGCAACAACGCUGCUACAUAGGCUGUCCCAGGAUUGAUUCUUUGGUGAUUUAUAAUCCAUGGGGAGAUGAGUUUUCUUCUCAUAUUAAUCACUGGAUGAACUGUGCUAUCAGCAAGGGUGUGGAAAGUAUUGAUAUUGACCUAUCACAGUGCCAUAUUAGUAGAUAUCAUCCGAAACGCUUGUUCCGGAAUAUAAAUUUGAUUUUUCACUUUUGAACCACCUGGAAGAAAGAGUUUAGUAAAGCAUCUGAGAUUAGAUUUUCGCAUUCUCAGUGUCUCCAAGACUCUAAACUGGCAGACCCCGAUGACUCUGGAACUUCGAAAAGUGUGUAUCAGUGAUGAACUACUCCACAAUCUUUUAUCAAAUUGCUUUCUCCUUGAAAAACUGAGUCUUAUCCAAUGCCAAGGUCCUUUCAACUUGAAUAUCGGCGGUUCUGGUUCUGGUUCAAGCCAAGGGCGGUUGAAGUUUCUGUGUAUAAAGUGUUGUCCUACAUUAAAUAGGAUUGAAAUUUCUUCAGAGAGUCUUGCAAGCCUGGAAUAUACUGGUAUUCUAAUAAACUUCUCCUUCAAAUAUGUGCGAAACCUGACAGAAACGUAUCUUUAUUUCUCAACUUAUAAUGGACAUAAUGGUGUAACUUAUGCUCUUACAAGAUUGGGAAGCGAGAUACCUCAAUUGAAAAAAUUGAACUUCUUGUCGGUUAAGUCCAUGAAUGUACUUAAGCUUCCAAAUAAUGAACUUGUAUUUACCAAUGUUAAGCUGUUGAUUCUGACAAUAUACCCUUUUCAAGACGAAGACAGACUCAUCUGGAUUGCAUACAUCCUCAGAGCUUUUCCCUUGUUGCAGAAGUUAGAACUGAAUCAGCUGUUUACUCCAAAUUUUAUCAAACAGACAGAGAUGAUAGAGAGACUUCUUGCUGAAUGUCCCCAUGAAAUUUUAACUGAAGUUGAGAUCAAUGGAUUUAAUGGUAACCAGCAUGAAGUUGAGCUCUUGAGUUAUUUGCUUGAGAACCUGGUUAAGCUUAAAACCCUUGUGAUUGAUUCAUGCCCAAAAAUAUACCAAGGAUGUAACAGUUGGGUUUAUGAAGAAGCAAACUCAUGGUGCAAAUUUAAAAAUAAGGAGGUCUCAGAUUGUUUUCAUGAACUAGUCCCCAAGGCCAUCAACCUAAUAGUUCAGUAAACUUGUCUUAUUUUAUUGCUUCUGAUAGUAUGGAGUGACAAUAACAAACAGGACUGACUUCUAUUAACAGUCUGCAAUCUUACAAUUGUAACUGCCAUAACUAUUGCAGAUUUUUUUGACAAUGUAAUUCUGAUUUUGAGUUUGCUGGAAAUGUAUUCACACGUGAGAUACUUCAUAUAUAAAUUUGGCUGAAAUU